CCCAGCAUACCUUUUCAGCCACUCUGCUCAUCGUUUAGCACUCCACUGCCCUGGGCUCAGGUGACCCGCCCUUUAAAUGCCCCGGGAAUUUUAAAAAUCCCCUUCCUGUUUGCUCAGCCAGGUGUGGAGUGCAAUCAAUCAAUCAAUCAAUCAGUGACCAUGCCUCCACGCCCCAAACGAGCCCCAGCGUGGAACACUUCUGAGCUGCAGGACCUCAUCAGUGUUUGGGGUGAGGAAGCUGUGCAGUCACAGCUGCGCUCCAGCCAUAGAAAUUAUGAUACCUAUGGGCAGAUAUCAAAGUCCUUGCAGCGAAGGGACCAUGAACGGGAUGUGUUGCAGUGCAGGGUUAAAGUAAAGGAGCUGCGGAGUGCCUAUUGCAAAGCCCGUGAGGGAAACCGCCGCUCAGGAGCUGCCCCCAUGACCUGCCGUUUUUACAAGGAGCUGGAUGCCAUACUUGGGUGUGACCCCACUGCCAAUCCGAGGACCACGAUGGAGAGUUCAGAGCAGGGAGAAGUGGGGGAGGGUGUAGAGGAAGCCGAGAGUGAGGCUACUGGGGUGGAGGGAGACACCCCAGAGUCCCAGGAGGCAUGCAGCCAGGAGCUCUUCUCAAGCCAGGAGGAAGCUAGCCAGUCGCAGCAGCUGGAACUUGUUGGUGAAGAAGAAGCAGAGGAGCGGGUUCCUGUGUCCUUGAAUCCUCCGGCCCUAUCACAGCCUUCUCAAAGACUACAGAACUUGAGGCGUAAACCAAGGAAACGCAAAGAUUUGGUGAAAGCAGUUAUGAAUCAGUAUGCCAGAGAGAGUAAGAGGCUGCAGGACUGGAGAAAGAAAAUGCAUGAGUGGAGGGAAACACAAAGCAGGAGAAAGGAAUUGGCUACCAAGAAAAGCACAAAGCAGCUAAUAAGCCUCCUGGCGCGCUAAACGGACUGUAUGCAGUCUCUCGUAGCCAUGCAGGCAGAUCAGUACCGUGCUAACCCCCCCCCCCCCCCCCCCCGCAAAAGCUCUCUCCCUUGUUCCCCAGUGUUUGCUCAAAACACCUUUCUCCAGCAGACUGGUUCUUACCACCACCAGCUGUCCCCAACACCUGUACGUUCACUUACCAGCCCUGAGAACUACAACCCUUACCCUAUGCACUCAACCCCCAUCACCAUGCAGCAUAUUAAUCCUGAAGUGAAGCAGGCAUUGCAGAGCAAUCCAGGCAGGACAUAUUCAAACCUCUGAAUGUACAGUCCACCACCAUACCCCCCUGCCCUUUUAUGUACUGUAUUUUGAAUAAAUGAUUUCUUGGCUUUUAAAACAUUUUUUAUUAUUGCAGAAAGUGAGAAAUACUGUACCCCAAGGGAAAAACAGGCACAGCAAAUCAUUGUAACCACUGCACUUCACACCCGUGCAAGGCACCAAACAUUACUGCUGCCUUUCAGCCUCAAAUUGCUCCCUUAAGGCAUCCCUAAUCCUUGAAGCCCUGUGCUGGGCCUCUCUAGUAGCCCUGCUCUCUGGCUGUGCAAACUCAGCCUCUAGGCGUCAAAUCUCGGAGGUCCAUUCCUCACUGAAUGUUUCACCCUUCCCUUCACAAAUAUUAUGGAGGGUACAGCACGCGGAUAUAACAGCGGGGAUGCUGCUUUCCCCCAAAUCUAGCUUCCCAUAAAGACAUCUCCAGCGUCCUUUUAAAUGGCCGAAAGCACACUCCACAGUCAUUCUGCACCGGCUCAGCCUGUAGUUGAACCGGUCCUUGCUCCUGUCAAGCUUCCCUGUAUAUGGUUUCAUGAGCCAUGGCAUUAAGGGGUAAGCGGGGUCUCCAAGGAUCACAAUGGGCAUUUCGACGUCCCCUACUGUGAUCUUACGGUCUGGGAAAAAAGUCCCGGCCUGCAGCUUCCUGAACAGGGCACUGUUCCAAAAGAUGCGUGCAUCAUGCACCUUUCCAGGCCAUCCUGAGUAAAUGUCAGUGAAAUGCCCACGGUGAUCCACAAGCGCUUGGAGAACCACAGAGAAAUACCCCUUGCGAUUAAUCUACUCAGAUGCCAGGUGGGGUGGUGCCAGAAUAGGAAUAUGCGUCCCAUCUAUCGCCCCUCCACACUUAGGGAAACCCAUUUGUGCAAAGCCAUCUACAAUGUCCUGCACGUUCCCCAGAGUCACGG